CCUCAUUUUUCUUCCCUGCAAACGAAAGCGAGUCUCUACUUGUCAGCCCGUCAACUGUGUCUAGAACUCAAUUCACCUUGUACAUAGGACCUAGUUGUGACUCUUGAGUAUUAAGCUUUCAAUUUCGAUCAAGAUGCCUUCGCCGUCAGGUGUGAAGAGACCGCUCAAGUCUACCAACGGUAACACCCAGGCCCAAAAUACGCCUGCGAAACGCGUCAGGCAUAGGAGCUCAACCAAAAGUAGCGGAGCCGUCUGGGACGUGACUGGCCGCUACAAUCUUACUUGCGCAAACAAGUUCAAACCAUUAGAUGCCACCGAAUAUGUUUUAGAUGUCCGUUACACACAUUCCAGCCCUCAUACGUGUCAGCUAUACGCUUCCUUCAACUUCCCCAACCUGAACUUGACGGGUAGGAUGCGGCUAUGCCCUAAGAGCGCAAUUGCAUCGCAGCCCACAGGAAAGCUUUUCCUGGCAGACUUUGAAGCUGCGUGUGAGCUCGCAGAAGAUGUCAGGCCGGGUCCGAAAUGCAAGGAGUGGUUGAUGAGGUGGCGGGGAGAAGGGGGUGGCACGAAGCUCGGUGGAGAAACGCGGGCUCAGGGGCAAGUCCUCUUCGAUGAAGAGAAACAAGACCCCGACAACGUUGGUACUCCUAAGAUAAACAUCAAAUUAGCCAUGGUGUACAACGGAAAGCACGUAAUCUUGGAGGGGACACAGCUAUAUACGAGUCCAGAGAGCGACCAGGAUAGAGCUGCGGCCGAAAGCCCGACAGCACCCACUGAGGCAUCCCGGAUGCUCGAGGACUGGAAACGGCUCUAUGACCCUUCUUGGGACGCGCGGCUCCUUUCGGACACGGAGGAAGACGAGUUAGAGGUGCAGAGACUGCAAGAUAUCGGUGCCACUCUACCUAAACCUAAAAACAAAUGGGAAAACCCUCGGUCAGGCAGGGUUAUUUCCACGAAGAAUAAGCCUGGCCCAAUACCCGGGUUCAUUAUCAAUGCGACUGCGACGUCGCGGUAUCUAGAAGAGCGCCCGGACUGGGCCUGGGACGUGACGGGGAGAUACGAGUUAAGUACUAUCGGACUCACUAAGGCUCUAGGGUUGUCCGCAGGUGAGCCGGUGUCGAUGGUUAUGACGGUUCAGAUGGACAACAACGCAAAGCACCAGAAGGCUGGACGACAAGUCUGGGCUCAAUUUGAAGCUAAUGGUGUCCUCGCCCUUGCACGCUUCCGGCCUAUUACCAAUUCAUUAGAAGACUCGCUAGAAACCUUCGAAAAAGGCUGCGUCCUAAAACCAGGGGUAUGGGUUGGCCCUGAGCCGCGAGGUACUCAGCAGUGGGAGAUGCGUUGGCGAGGAUUCUCAGAUACCAACUUGGAGACGAUAGCGGAGGACGAAGUAGGGACCGAGGUUCUCUUCACAAGAGAUGAUCAAGGAAAACAGGUGUUCAGGGGAAAGAUCAGAGUUGGCCAUAAGAGCUUCACGGUAAUGGGUUCACGAGUCGCGCCGACGGAGGAACGAAGACCCAGUGCUCCUACAGUCAACACCGAAUGGGCGAAAUUCCAAAAGGGGAAACCGGCUGUAUCGCUGCGGAAGAAUGUUGAACAUGUCAUUGUCAUGGAGAAGUACUGUUAUAGAGAUUUCCCAGAAUAAGCGAGACUAUGAUACGAAAUAAACUGUACCUAGGUAAUUACCAAUUGGAUCAUAGUUCAAGGGAAUAGCGUUGAUUAAUUGUCCCAGCUUGCGGAAUCGUCGACAUGGUACCUAUGCGAUUCUCUUUAACGUACUUUCCUUUAGUACCUUUUGUCUAGGUAGG